GGGCUCGGCAGCAUAGAACAUCUGUAGCUUGUCCCCUCCCUCCACUUGGAGCUCAGGGGCUGUGGUUAAUGUUUCAGGAUGCCGCUAGCAUUGCGACAACGUGCAUAGAGCACGGAUGCUGGCUCAUGGCGAGAGGCGAUAAGAGUGGAGAGAGUGAGAGAGAGCGAGAGACAGAGAGAUAUCAUUCAAUGUGCCGUGUGUGAGUCAUAGGAUCGUUUCGUCUGCUUUCGCGCCCAUCGACCUGCGUCCAGGGCCGUUUCACGUAACAGAUGUAAAACGAUGUCUUGGACUCUUUCUUCAUCCCCUUCUUUUCGACCCUCGACUCAGCCAGGCAUGGAGGUCCAGGUGCAGGAACUGAGGCUUCAGCUGGAGAAGCAGUGCUUGCUGAACAAGGAGCUGGAAAAUGAGAAGCUGGGGCUGGAGAGACGUCUGCAAGAAAAGGAGAAGAUGUUGAUGGAGAUGCAGAAUCGAAUUGACGAACUUGACUACCGCCACAGCAGAAGUAGCCACGACGGUGAGCCUGAGGUGAGGAAAAGCCGAUCUGGCAUCAUUGUCACUGAGCCCAUCCCUGAGGAUCUGGAUAUCGCUGGCUCCCGAGUCAAGACUGCCAGCGAAAGCAACCUCAUCGUUAAAGCCAUCCAGAAGAGUGACUUCCUGAGCCGCCUGGACGAUGAGCAGGUCACCAUGAUGGUGGACUGUCUGGUGGAGCAGGAGAUCAACCAGGGGGAAGCGAUCAUCAUAGAAGGGACCGAAGGCGACAGCAUGUACAUCAUAGCAGAGGGCGAGCUCCGUGUGACUCAGGCCGGACGAGUUCUGCGAACUCUGACAUGCGGGGAUGUCUUUGGGGAGCUGGCCAUCCUGUAUAACUGCAAACGCACUGCAUCUGUCAGAGCUGUCACAAAAGUCAAAUUGUGGUGCAUCGAGAGGCAGACGUACCGGACGAUCAUGACCAACAAGUCCAGGAGGAAACGGGAGCAGGUCAUGGGAUUCCUAAAGAUUGCCCGCACCUUGAAGGACCUGAGUGACAUGCAGCUCUCUAAGAUAAUAGACUCUAUGGAAGAGGUCAAAUUCAAGAACAAUGAAGUGAUUGUGCGUGAAGGGACAGAGGGAGACACGUUUUACAUCAUUCUGAAGGGAGAGGUACAGGUGACAAAAAACAUGAACGGACAGCAGAAGGAAAUCCGGAGGAUGGGCCGAGGGGAGCACUUUGGGGAGCUGGCUCUCAUCCGUGAGACUUGCAGAACUGCCACAUGUACUGCAGUGGGCCAGGUCACCUGCUACUCCAUUGACAAAGAGGUUUUUGAGGAGACCAUACCGCUUGAACACCUCGAGCUUCAUGACGACUCGAAUGUUUUUGAAGACAUAGUGAUUCUGGAGAAAAAGAGCCAGAGUACCUCUCUGCAUUUAAAGGACCUAGUUCCAGUGCUUUACCAGGAAGGACGUUUCCAGGGCGACCCCGUCACUCUGGGAUUGGGCGGAUUUGGACGCGUGGAGCUGGUGAUGACACUGCAGCAUGGGAAGUAUUACGCCCUGAAGAGGAUUAGUAAGAAGCACGUUGUUGCCAAGCGGCAGGAGGAGCAUGUGAAAUUCGAGAAGCAAAUACUACAGGACAUUCAUAGUGACUUCAUUGUCAGACUUUAUGCCGGGUUCAAAGACACCCGUUAUAUCUAUAUGCUUAUGGAGUUUUGCUCCGGAGGGGAGUUGUGGACCAAGCUGAAAGAAGUUGGUCGGUUUGAGGAGAGUAUCGCUUCCUUCUGCACUGCAUGUGUUGUUGAGGCGUUCGCCCACCUCCACAAGAGGGGCAUCCUGUACCGAGACCUCAAGCCCGAGAACCUGAUGCUGGAUUCACGCGGAUUCGUCAAACUGGUGGACUUCGGUUUCGCCAAAGAACUGACACGAGGGGAAAAGACAUAUUCAUUUUGCGGGACCCCAGAGUACAUGGCCCCUGAGAUCAUCCAGAACCAGGGUCAUGACUUUGCUGCGGACUUCUGGUCACUGGGCAUCCUGGUGUACGAGCUGCUGGUUGGCAGCCCCCCCUUCUCCAGUUCCGACCCACAAAGAAUUUAUGCGAAGAUUUUGGAUGGGGUGCUUAAAUACCCCCCCUACAUGAGUGAGGCCGCCCGCUCCCUGAUCAGCAAACUAUGCAGGCCGCGGCCUGGUCAGAGGCUGGGGAAUACCAAAAACGGGAUCAAAGACGUCCGGAAUCACAGGUGGUUUGGGAACAUUAACUGGCACAAGCUGAGAGUUGGGCAGCUGGAGGCACCGACGGUCCGGCUCAUGCGCAAGGGUCCCUGCUAUAUCAACUUCGACAGGUUCCCCUAUGACAGAACCCAAACGGAGGAAGAAACCUCCGGCUGGGAUGACAACUUCUGACCUGGUUUUCAUCAGCAGUUUCUAGAUCCAGCGACCUAAUGGGUAUAGGCUGCAGGCAGGCUUUACAUGAUGCCUCUGUCACGCAGCCUUGUGCUUCAGCCUAAGUGGAGUGUUUAAGUCACCUGUCCCAAUGCAUUGAAGUAUUUUAACUCUGUAUCAAAUGAAAAUCCCUCCGUGAUGUUAUCUCGCACUUUUGUGUACCCAAAGUACUUGCCUCUUUCCAUGUGAUAAGUUCAAAUCCAAACAAAUGAAAGUGCCCCUCUGAACCCUAGCCUUUACCUAAGCCUCAUACAUGCAGAAUCUGCAGAUAUUUGGAAAGUUAGCAUGCUAGCCUGUUAGCAUGUAAAAUGCCUUAGCAUGCUCAGAUCAGGCUGAAAAUUUGGAUCUAGGCGUACUGUGCCUCCUAAAUUCAGAAUCUGCAGUUAUCUCAAAACUUGGCAUGUUAGCAUCAAAAUCGGAAGUGGGUGUAUCUCCGCCUAGGAAUGUCGUAGAGACUUGAAACAAAGUUCCUCAGAUCCGUCUCGAUGAGUAGAGUCUACUGAUGAAAAGAAGAGUUUUAAUUUCAACUCUAACCCCAAAACUAAUGUUUCUUAAUUUUACCCCCUUUUCCCUCUUCUUUUAUAUUUUAUCUGUUAUGUGAUUUUAUUGAUUUAUUUAGACAUUUAUGUAUUUAUUUAUGAUUAAUUCAUGAAGAUAUAUUCCUUUUUUCAGCUAGUUACUUUCUUUUAAAGUGAAUGAUAAAAAAAUCAUAUUUGACCUGCCUUCCUUGCUUGGAAAAUGUCUAACAUUAUGGGAGAAUAUCACCCUAAGUUGAGGAACUUAGACUUGGGAAUCUAAAAAUGGUGAAAUAAAUAUGACCACUGCGGAGCGCUCCAUUUAGGAAACGUGAUCAUUUUAAUCUCUCUGGUCUCUGCUGCUUCUGUCGCAUACAGCAAUAGUAGAAUAUUAUUAUACCUCAGAUACGAUAAAAUAAACAUUAGGAUAUUUAAAAUUAUUUUGACCAGAGUGUUGAGCCCAUGAAUGGGUAAUUCUACUUACUGGGGGUCUUCUCCGCUGCCGCCGUCUUCGUCAUUUCCGUCAUCUUUCACUGCCCUGAGCCUAUGGUGGCACCAUACUUACCAGGGAUUUCCUCUGCUUCCGUUUUCUCUACCGUUUCCGUUAUUCAUGCCGUUUUUUGGCUGUUCCUACCGCAUAACAGGAACAGUAGAUAAUUUUAUCUUAAAACAAAUAUGGGGAUAGCACAAACUGUGUUGAUCAGAGUGUAGGAAGGUUGGAAUGUUGCCAGUGCACCCUGAGCAUCAAUGAUAUACAAUGAAAUCUUUUAUAAACCCUAAUCUAACCCUAACCCUUAUCCUAACCUAAACCUAACCCCUAACCUAACCCUAACCUAACCACCAAGUAUGCGGUCACAAUAUUUGACACCAGCAAGCUAUACCACUCAAAUCAGGAAGAUACAAAAAUGCUCUCCUGUACAGGAACUGUGGCAACUUUACUCAGAAACUGACCUUGGACUGGACAAAUUAAGUCACAUAUGUUCAAUCAUAACUCUGAAACUGCAAGGCCCUAGAGACUGGGAACCAUCAUCCACCCUAACCACAGCUGGUUUAGUUUAUACAAAUUUCACAAAAUGUAGUUUGUCACUACACAACUCACAAACCCCCUGCAGUUCCUCUGCAGACCACCUUUUUGAAAUUCCCCUAGUCUUUACUGUACAAAUAUUGGCAGAAAAAAAUAUGUAAAAAGAGUUAUUUAAUUCCACCACUAAGGGGCAGUGUUUCGCUAUUUUUUUAAAUUCAUUACCAAUGUGGACUGAGCUUGUAUCAGAAUCAUAGACAGAAACAAAUUUCAGGGGGCAGUCUUAAGUUUGCUCCCUAGCUGUGUGGCAGUUUUCAGGGGGGGCGGUUCUCCUUCAAAUCUGUUGUUUUGCUAUGUGGCUACAUGCCUACCAUGUAUUGCACUAUGAAUGUUAUCAUUAAGUCAGAAGGUUUAUUAGAAGAUAUAUUAGUAAAUGGAUUGCCUUAAUAUCUUAAGAAAUCUAAGUGUUGUCUAAGCUGUGUAAGUCAUUUGACUGGAAGAUACUAUACAUAGGUUUUUGACACUUUAGUGUAAACACCUCAUGAUUAAUCCUAGUGAGAGGGAGACGUCACUGGUGUUGACAAGUCCUAAAAAAAUAUAUUGUAUAAAAUUAUCUGCUGUGUGCGAACCUGAAGGGCCCGGCCUCAAUUUUUUUAGCAGUAAUUUUUUUACAGCUUGUAGUAAUAUCUGUGUGUAACAGGCCUCAUUUUGUGGUAGUUGUGGAAUAUUGCCUUGAAUGUGUCAUUAUAAACAAAAAUUGGUAAUA